UACAUUUUUAGGCUUGUGCAGUAAAUGUAGAAAAAAUGUAACCCAGGAAAUGAAAUGGUGCGAGUGCUGUAAAGAUGCAUCUUUUGCUCAAAUUUGCAAAAUUACCUCGGAUGAUACCCCUGAAGCAACCUCACAGCAGUCCAGGAACCUCCAAUCAAGGACAGAGAAUUAUGCUGAACAGUGCCAUUCAGAGACAGAGAAUUCCGCUAAACAGUGCCAUUCAGAGAUUUUGUCACAGACAGAUGAAUCGACAACAUACAGUACAGGUACUUUGUCACAAGAAUCUAGCUGGAGCACUUCCUUAGAACGACAAAUACACCUCACUAAUGGAAUAGAAAAUCUGAACAACACCUUGAUGUCUCUUAGUGGUGGCCAUGUAAGCCCAAUAAAGUUUCAGCUGAAAACUCCAUUGAGGGAGGUCCAGUCUAGCACUAGAAUAUAUAUUUAA